UUUCAAUUGCUUUCAGAAGGUGAAAACAGAGGCAUUUUUGGCGGAUUUGUAAUAUUGAGUCGCAUUAUGUCCUGCCCUGUUGAAUUUCGACUUGAAUUAAAUCCGGAACUUGAAACACAUCCACUUCCUAAACCUCCAGAGUAUUUAAAACAUCAAGUCUAUGAAAAGGCUGAAGUCUUUGAAAAAAUUGAUAAUCAUGCUAUUGAAAUAUCAAAACGCGAUUUUCCAACCUUUACCCAUCUUAUGUGGAAUUUAGUGUUUCGUCAUAAAAUGUCUGAUAUUGAGCGUGCUAGAGUUAUCUUCCGAUGGAUAACAUCCAAAAAUAUGCAGAGGAUUUCAUUCGAUAGUGCUCCUCCAAAUUCUCCAGAAGAACUUCUUUUGUCAUUUAAGGAUAAUAAAACUAGCUUUGCAAGGAUUUAUGAAAUAAUGUGCACAUAUGCUGGACUGCAUUGUGUUGCUAUCAGCGGUUAUGCAAAAGGCGUUGACUACUUCCCCGGUGACCGAUUUCAGGGUCUGCCGCCAAACCACUCUUGGAAUGCUGUCUAUCUUAAAGGUUCUUGGCAACUUGUAGAUGCUCAUUGGGCUACUCGUUACCUCAGUUCUGGAAUGAAUAUGCACGACAAUGUUGUCUAUGAAUAUGACGACUUCUAUUUCCUAAUGGAACCUCAACAGGCCGUUUAUAGUCACUUUCCUGAGGAUUGUCGCUGGCAGUUGUUAACUAAGCAGCUAACCCUCGCUCAAUUUGAAAGUCUUCCUCUCACUAAAUCCCAAUUUUUCAAAUGUGCCAUGGACUUCCGGGGUGAACACCACGGAGUAGUACAAGUCCUUGACGGAUGUAUCCGCAUGACUCUUGGCUUCUGGCGUCCUGGUGCGUUCACCUACAAGUUGCAACAUCUCGUGGGCAGUGCUCGAUCUGCUCAACCUGCGCUUCUUCCUGUUAGAUCAUCUGAUCUGACUAAUUCAUUCGAAAUGACGAUUCCUGGAAUUGCAGGCGGACAAGAACAACUUCCCCUCAAAGAUUUUGUACUACAAGAAACUACGGAUGAUGCGCUUAACUUCUUCAUCCGAUUACCAGCAAGAGGAGCAUUUUUCUUGACCAUUUAUGCGCAGGAUUUGAGUAAUGUUGUAAUGGCCAAAAAUGGGACAUUCAGAGCAGCCUGUGAAUACAAGUUGGUGUUUGCCGAGGGUGAAGCCUGCUGUGAACCCUAUCCAGCUUGUGAUGGUAUGAAUUGGGGACCCUCCUGGUUGCACGCACGUCACUAUGGUCUGGAAAUGCCACACCCUUCUGGAGUCAUCAGUUUGCCCCCUGGUCGUGUCACUCCCACAGGGGAACACGUGGAAUCUGGCCAUUUGGAGUUGCGCUGCACACGUCACCGACCCGAUGUCCAACUGUUCACCAAACUUAAGAAGAAUUACGUGCCUGAUGAAGUUCUGGAGCAAUUCCAACGCAUUCACCUCAGUGAUGGUGAAGCAAUUUUCGAACUCAAUCUACCCGAACCUGGUAAGAUGAUUUUUAUUGACUUAAAAUUACUUUUGAGGGAAACUAUGAAGGCGAAGGCUUUUGGUCGGGGAUUGAACCAGUUAGCACAGAAUCCGUUGGAGUCCUUCAAACAAUUCGGAGUAGUUGGUGGCAAGACCCGGAGUCAUGUUCUUCAGACAGUGGUAUUGAUUUCUUCUGCUAGACACGGUGAAUAUGGUUUUGAUAUCUACGCCAAUGAACCUGAUGAUGGGCGAGCAUUCACUCACAUCUGCCAGUACCUUGUUCACUACGAGGCCCCACAAGGUUGGCGCCCACAACACGCUGAGAAUGCGUGGGAAACCAAAACACCGGAAGGGAUCAAAUCCGCUCAUCCAGGAGCGUCGCGAGUUCGACAGUCUAUGCUCAAUGAUACCAACCGUGUCCUAACAAGAGUGCUGUCACCAACCCAAUAUGAAGACAAUGCCGAUAACAGAGAUCAAUUCGAAUUCCGCUAUGCGCCAACCACAUGGUCCGAUACAGAGAGUCUGGACCGAGGAAUGAGCUCAAUGCGAAUCAAUGGGGACGAUGAUGACAGUGUCUUUACUAUGCAAGAAAAUCCAAAAGUCCUGGAUGAAGGUAAAAUUAGCCAAUAUGCUAGAGACGUUGAUGAAGGUGGUUUUUCGAGAACAGAAAAUGAUGCUAAUGAUGGGGAGGAUUAUUCAAUUGGAAGAAUCACAGGAAGACGCAUGAAUGUCACUGAACAGGUGAAAAGAAGUCAGCCCUACAUCAUGGCUUUACUUGAGGGCAAAUCGGCAACAGUUCGACCCGCUCAAGGUAGUCUAAGUCAGGCUUCUGCGACAAACGGAAAGAGUGCUUUUGACUCCGAGCGAAAUGAUCGAUACUCACCAUUCUCGGGAGAUAACCACCGUCCAAGUCAACAGUACAAUCGCAUUGGAGUAACCAAUCAACCUGUAAUGGCGGGGAAAACGUUCCCUUCUUCUGCGACUUCCAUACCUCCACCCUCCUACGCCACAUGGGUGCCUGGACCCCUUCAAAAGGAGCCCCCGAAGGAAUUCGUUCCUCAGCUCCUAGAACCCGAACCAGCCUAUCAAAAACCUGCUCCCGACGCUUUUCCUGAUCGUACUCCAGCUUAUGCUAUGCAAGAGGAUGAUGCCUUCAAGGUGAGUAAUUUUUGA